AUGAGUAUAAUAGUGUGAAAAUAGAAUAAACAACACUUUCAGAAUUUGCUAAGUAAGGCUUAGAAGCAUUAUCUUUUAAUGGUGUUCCUUCAUCUGUAACUAAUUCAGCAAUUACAUAUUUGACAGCAAGAGUACUUAAUAUAUUAAAUAAAGAAUAAAAUUUCUUCAAAAUCUGAAAAUAGAUGUACAUAGAUUGAUAACAAUAUGAUUAAUGAAACUAAGAAUUGUGAAGAAUCUAUAUAAGAAAUUGGAUUAAUUUAUGUAGUGAUAAAAUAAAUUUUUACUGGUUUUAUAGGAAUUAUUCUAAUAAUAGAAAUAUAUAUGCUUAAAUUCAGGAUAGUGAAUGAUAUUCGAAUAAUUACAGUAAUUUAAAAAAUUCUACUGAUAUGCCAAAUGUCAUUCAUAUUGAUUGAAGGUGGUCUAAUAUUAUAUUAGGAAAAGCUCAGAAGUGAUGCAGAACUUUAUUUUAGAUCAAUUGCUGAUUGUUAUACUUCUGACCAAAUUUAUAAUGUAUUUGCAAUUUUUCCCAACCUCUUCCCAGCAGAUGUCAAUACUUUCAUUUCACUUAUUACUAUUUCGAUAAUAAUUAUAGCAAUCAGCGAAUUCAUCUUAAUUAUGAUGUUUAUUGUAUAGAUGUUCCAUUGGUGCUUCAAACAAAAGAAGGAAAAAUUGUAUAUACCUGAAUCAGAUACUUAAAGAUAGGCAAUUCCUUCAAAAGAAGAUAUUCAUCAUUCUGAAACAGGCCCUUACCAAAAUCCUUUAUCACCUUUAUCUAAAUUUCCUCCUGUGUAUUCAAACAUUUAAAAUAAUAUUAUUCAAAAUCAAAACAACCCAAUUAACUAUGUUAAUGAAUAUGUUCCUCCAAAUCAAUUUGUAGAUCCUACAUAUUUUCCACCGAAUUAAUUUGAAGAACCUGCAUAACCUAAAUUUUCAGAAAGCUACAUACCUCCUCAAAUCAAUAACAUUUAAUCAACCCUGGUAGUGGCAGGAAAAAAGAAUUCUAAAUAUUGA